AUGGAUAAUAUAAAAAAAUUCAUUUGUAAAGUGUAUUAUGACAAUAAUCCAAACUUAAUUCCUUCUGAAUAUCAAUGUUCAGAUAUUUGUGCUUUGUGUGAAACCCAAGCCCAAGUGCAUACCCAUGACAUACAAACCUAUGAAGUGCAAACCUAUGAAAUACAAACCCACGAAGUACAAACUUAUGAAGUGCAAACCCAGGCCUGUGAGAUAGUUCAAGCCCAUGAGCCACUUCAAGUUCAUGAAAUGCAAGUGCAAACUCAAGCUCAUGAAAUGCAAGCUCAAGCCCAAGCCCAUGAAAAAGUUCAAAAAAGAUCCCAUGAAGAAUAUGAACUAAACGAUGAAGAUGAA